UUUCAAACAUUACCAAUGAAAGGAAAAAUCACUAGUGAAUUUUUCGGGGAAAAUGGGGGAAUUUACACAACAGGAUGUGAACGCACCUUUAUGAAUUUAAAAAACCUCACAUUAUCUCGCUACCCAACCUUGGAUCUGUUUUUUGCGGCCGGAAAACUAAAUGGCUAUUUUAUCAUGGAGGUGACAUUAAAACGUAUAACUGAUGAUGGCGAUUUUGCCAAUGAAGUUUUAUUUCUAAAUCAACAAAAAUCGUAUACAUUUGGUCGUAAAGCGGAAAACGAUGUUGUUCUAUUUGCACCGACAGUAUCGAAAAAUCAUUGUAUUAUUCAUCAUAAUUCAGAUGGAUUGUUCGUUGAAGUUUUAGAGAGUUUGGCUGGCGUUGUUAUUAACGGACAAAAAUAUACAACCGGCUCGAAGAUUGAAUUAGAAAAUUACGAUAUCGUUUCUAUUGGACCUUUAAAUAAAUACAAGGUCGAAAUAAAGCAAAAAACUGUAAGCAAUGAGGAAGAAACAAAUUUUGUGUCUGAUUUUGAAACCGAUUUUGAAAGCAUCAAAGAAGAGGACACGGAAUAUGAAGACACGGAAUUUGAACAUGUAACGAGCUGUCUCGAGGACAACGACUGCGAAGAAAUAGAAAGUGAAGAAAAAGUCGAUUUGGAAACAACAACCAGCGAAAUAAAAACAGAAAUAAAUACAGAGAAUGAAAGGGAAGAAAUUACAUCACAGGAAAUUCAUUCAGCAAUGGAAAUAUCAUUCGAAGAAGAUGAAAAAAAACCACUCUUCUCAAAUGAAUUAUUGGAAGAAAAUGCAUCUUCAAUAUUGUCCAAUGAAUCAACAAAAUCUAUUGAACAAACAUUAGUCGAUGAUAAUUUAAUAAAUUCCAAAGAAAAUGAAAUUUCUACUAAUAAUGAAACAAAAUUAACUAAAAAUAGUGAAAUAGAUGAAAUUAUUGUGCAAAAAACUACCAAAAGCGAUGAGUUCUGCAAAAAAGGUCAAAAUUCUGCAAAAACAGAUUCCAAUAAAAAUCAAAGAAAAGCAAAAAAAAUAGUUGUUGAAUUUUCCAAAGAAAUGGAAAUUUUUGCUGAUAAAUAUUCGGAGGAAAAUCUAAAUUUCGAAAGUGAUUUUUACGAAGAAAAUCGAAUUAACGUGAUAACUGAUGAAUUAUCCGUUGAAAAACGAAUUUCUGUCGACGAAUGCGAAUUUUCUGGGGAAAAUCGUAUUUUUGAGAAUGAAAAAUCUGGGGAAAGCCAAAUUUCUAGGGAAAAUGAUGAAUUUUCUGGACAAAAUCGAAUUUCGCCAGAAAAAGACGAUGUUACUAACGAAAAUCAAAUUUCAACGAAUGAAAAUCGAAAUUUAGGGGAAAAAGACGAAUUUUCCAGAGAAAAUCGAUGUUCGACGGAGGAAAGGGAAUUUUCCAAAGAAAAUCAAAAUACAAUGACUAAAAAUUCUAGUGAAAAUCGAAAUUCUACGGAAACCAGCGAAUUUUCCAGAGAAAAUCGAAAUUCAUCGGAAAAAGAGGAAAUUUCCAGAGAAAAUCGAAGUUCGACGGAAAAAAAGGAAUUUUCCAGAGAAAAUCAAAAUUUAAUGACUAAAAAUUCUAAUAAAUAUCGAAAUUCUACGGAAAACAGCGAAAUUUCUAGAGAAAAUCGAAAUUCAGCGGAAAAGGAGGAAUUUUUCAGAGAAAAUCGAGAUUUAACGACUAAAAAUUCUGAUAAACAUCGAAAUUCUACGGAAAACAGUGAAAUUUUUAGAGAAAAUCGACAUUUAGUGGAAAAAGAGGAAUCUUCCAGAGAAAAUCGAAAUUCUACGGAAAACGACAAAUUUUCCAAAGAAAAUCAAAUUUCAGCAAAAAAAUUUUCCAAAGAAAAUAUAAUUAACGAUGAAAAUGAAAUCUCCGACGAAAAUCGUGUAACUCUGGGGGUAUCAACCAAAGAAUUAGAAAACAUCGAAAAAAAUACGUCAACAAGUCCAAUUUCCACAAGUAAUAAAAAAAUCGAAUCAAACAAAGAGAACAAUUUUUAUUCUGAAAAAGAAGUCGAAAAUUUUGUCUUACAAUUUAAUAAAACUCCCCCUCAAGCGGUAAUUAAUUCUAAAAAAUACACUAAUAAAUCCAGCGAAACAAUUGUAAAUGAAAAAUCACCAAAAUUAACAAAACUAACGGAAAAUCAUUCGAAAAUUGUAGCAAAAAGAAUUUCCCCAUUCAAAAGACGUUAUAGUCAAAGAAGAGAAGAUUCACAACAAAGUAUUCGUAAAUGGAUGAGAAAUCCUUUAGAUCAAAAUAUUGUCAAUAAAAAUCAUUUGCCCGAAGUGAAAAUUGUUCUCGAACGUUUAGAUUUUGAAAAUUGGCAAAAAUCACGUUUUGAUUUAAUAAAAACAACUGAAAAUUCAAACGAAAAUCGUGAAACAUUGAGAAACAUCGAGAAAAUUAACUUGGAAAAUCAAGAAAAAAUCGCGUCAUCAAAUGAAAAAUUUUAUUUAGAAAAAGACGGAAAAUCGAAAAACUUAGAAAAUCGCAAGAAAAUCAAGUUAAAAAAGAAAUUUGACGGCAGAAAACGAAAAAAAUUGUCACUCGAAUUGGAAAAACUCCAAAACUUGCCAAUCGAGUCGGAAAAUCGAGAAAAAAUUGAAACGGAAAUAACGGAAAAGCGAAAAAAGUUGCCACUCGAAUCGGAAAAUCGAGAGAAAAUCGAAUCGGCAAAGAAAUUAAGAACUGAAGAUCGAAAAGAAUCGGAAAAUCCAGAGAAACUCGAUUUUGAGUUAGAAAAAUCGGAAAAAUCUAAAUUGGAAUUAAAAAUCGGUAAACGGCGAAAAUCGCAAAACGAGGGAGAAAAUCGAGAAAAAAUUGUAACAAGAAAGAGAUUGAAAAUCGACAAUCAUCAACAAUCGUCACUCGAGUCGGAAAAUCGAGAAAAAAUCGAUUCCGAAAAUAAUUUUCAAGGAGAAAAUUGUGAAAAAAUCGAUAACCGUCAAAAAUCGCAAAACAUUUUGGAAAAUCGAGAGAAAAUAGAAUCAAAAAGAAAACUAAAAGUCGAUAAUCGUGAAAAAUCGGAAAAUCCUGAGAAAAUCGAAUCGGAAAAUAAUAAAUUAGAAAAUUCGAGAAAAAGAGUAAAAGUCGAUAAUCGAAAAAAAUCGAUAGACUCUGAAAAUCGAGAGAAAAUUGAAUCGAGAACGAAACCUACCGUUGAAAAUCGUCAAAAAUCGGAAAAUCGAGAGAAAAUCGAAUUGAGAACGAAAUUAAGGGGUGAAAAUCGUCAAAAAUCACAAAACGAAUUGAAAAAACAAGAGAAAAUCGAAUUGGAAACGAAAGCUAAAGUCGAGAUGGUUCAAAAAUUGCGAAAUGAAUCUGAAAAUCGGAUGGAUAAAAAUUUGGAAUUCAAUAUUUGCAAUAAACGUCUUUCUGUCACCUUAACGGAUAUUAUGAAAAUGAAUUUUUCGAAGAAGAAAAGUGGCAUCGAUUGUUCAUCACCUGAAAAAUUUCUCUCUGAUUAUUUAAGAAGCAAACAUUCAUCUUUAAAAUCUUCAUCAAAAAAACUAUCGCCAGGAACAAAAUUGAAAAAACGUCGAGAAAUUCCCGUCACUAGAAAUUAUGUGUUAACAAAAUAUUUUUCGUUGAUGAAAAAAGAUUCUUCAAAUUUGCCGAAAAAUUUUCUAAGAUCAGGUAAAGCUUCUUCAUCAUUGUCUGAUGAUUACAAAGGUGGUGAUGAUGCUAAAAAUAAUGCUAAAGAUGUCGAUGCUAAUUCUGAUGAUAAUGAUGAAGAUGAUACUGAGGAAGAAGAGGAUAAUGAGGACAAGGAUGAUAAGGAUUACAAUGCAAAAGAUGAUAUUGAGAAUAAUGAUGAUGACAUCGAAGAACUAAUAAAUAAAGCAAAAAUAUCUCCAGAAAGAAAGCUGAUAUGUCCAAAAUGUUCAAGAGAAUUUAAAGGACGAGCAGGAUUACAUCGACAUUUGUACACACAUGGCAGGAAGAGGUACAUUUGUUCAAUUUGCGAUAAACGUUUAUCAUCUAAAUAUUAUCUACGAAUUCAUGAAGAGAAACACGUAAUUAAAGAUCGACCAUUCAAAUGUAAUAAAUGCGACAAGAGUUACAUUACAAACUAUGAAUUAAAUAAGCAUUUAGGUUCACACACUGUUGAACGUAAAUUUAUUUGUGAUACUUGCCAGCAUACGUUUAGAACAAAAAGUGAUAUUAAAGCACAUAUGAGAGUUCAUCAAUCAAAUAAAGUUUCAUGUAAAAUAUGUAACAAAGUAAUGAAUCGUAAACAUUCACUUUAUUAUCAUAUGAAAACACAUGAAAACAGUGAAUAUAAAUGUACCGUUCAGGGUUGUAUUCGAAUUUUUAAGCUAAAACAAGCACUGGAACAGCAUCUUAUAACACAUCAGAAUCUUAAGGAGCACAAGUGUCCACAUUGCGAGAGAUGUUUUAAUUUUACGAAAAGUAGAGAUCGACAUAUUCAAUUUGUACACAAGAGGAAGGGACAGCAUGUUUGUCAAUAUUGUGCUAAGAAAUUUGAAUUAAAAUCAUUUCUGGUAGCGCACUUGAGGACACACACUGGUGAACGUCCAUUUAUUUGUAAGAUCUGCAAUAGAGGUUUCAUCAGCAGUACACACUUAAAUUAUCACAAGAGAUUCCAUGCGGAAAAAUUCACCUGCAACGAGUGCAAUGAAAAGUUUACAAAUAAAUUUGAAUUAAUGCGUCACUUGAAAAUACACUUUCCACCUAUGAACAAUGUGUGUUCAUAUUGCAAAAAAAAUUUCAGGAAACCAUCAGCUCUUGCUCAUCACAUGCGAGUGCACACUAACGAAAGGCCAUUUCAAUGUUAUAUUUGUGACAAGACAUAUAAAAGUAAAGGUGAUUUAAGAACUCAUAUGUAUAAUCACACUGAUGAUUUUCCUCAUAAAUGCCACCUGUGCCCAAAAGGGUACAGUAAAAAGAAAGAUUUAAAAAAUCACAUUGACAUGCACACCGGUAAGAAAGAAUUUGCUUGUGUAAUUUGUGAUUAUCCAUUUAAAUAUUUGUCAUCAUGCAAUGCUCAUUAUCAGAAGCAUAAAAUGAAUAUCAAUAAAUGUGAAACUUGUGAAUUAUAUUUUCGAGCGAAAAUCACAUUUAAGAGGCAUUUAAAAAUGCACAAGAGAUUACGGGGAAAAUUUAAUUGUACCUCUUGUGAAAAGAGCUUUAUAUUACAAAAAAAUCUUAUUAUACAUUGUCAGAAACUUCUGGAAACAAAGGGGAAAUGUCCGAAAUAAUGAAUUCUAUUCUCUUGUGUGUUUCAAUAUCAAGAUUUAUUGUUUUAAUAUUACAUUAGAUAUUUGGAAUAUUCCAGGGAUCUUAAAGUAAUAUUAAAAUGUCCGCCUCAAAGGAAUUUUCCAAGAUAACAUUGGCGGAAUGUUCCCUGGUUCUAUUAAAGAAAUAUUCCAAGAUGAUAUUUUGGAAUAUUCCCAGGCAAUAACCUGGGAAUAUCCCCUCAACAUCACCCUGGAAUAUUCCAUUAAUAUUAAGGUGGAACAUUCCCUCAACAUCAUCCUGGAAUAUUCCUUUGAUAUUACCGUGGAACAUUCCUUCAAUGUUAUCUUGGAAUAUUAUUCUUUGAAGCGGACAUUUUAAUACUACUUUAAGAUCUCUGGAAUAUUUCACUGGAAUAAAAUAGCCUUUAUCUUAAGGUUAUAUUACGUGCUGCAUGGUAAAAUUUUAUUUUGUCGACAAGAACAUUAGGAAAGAAAAAAUUUAUUUUUUAAUAGAUUACGAUUUAUUUUGUACAACUGGAAAAACGAUUAUUUAUUUUACAUUAGAAAAAAUUACUUAUUUUUUUAGAAAGUUUUAGUUAGAAAUUUAGUUUUUUCUAAGUUAGAAAUUUUUUAAUAUAUUCUUAUAAUAGAAUAUUUACAAAUAUAUUUUUUUUAUUUUGAAAACUAUAUUUAGUGUAUAGAAAAAGAAACAUAAAUUUGACUUGUUGAUCUGCGUAGGGAGAGAUGAAAAAUGAGAGAUUUACUUAUUUUUUAUACAAUGUAAAAUAUGUUUUUUAGUUUAAUGUAUAAAUUGUAAAAAAAAAUAAAAUUGUUUUAUUUUUGAGAAAGAAA